GAGCGGCUUUCUGGUGAUAACAGCGAGUAGCGAGGAAAAUAACAUUGAUAAGGAUUCAUGAUGUAAAAAAUGCAUCUUGAAUCGUACAUUUUUGUCAGUUAAACCUGUUGUGUCUCGAUAGUUUUCCGUGCAUCCGAGAUCUGCCCUUGGUGCUCUAGUGCUGCUGCGGUUGCAUGGUUCUGUAGUACUCCUCUUACGUGAAUUCUACCACGCACCCUUUUUCCCGAACGAAGUUUUCCCUAGUAACGGUCAUUGUAACAUCCAUUAUUCCACGUAAUCUCAAGUUUGUCAUCAACUUCACUGACCUACAGCAAAGAAGAAGUUUUUCUCUCUUGAUUCUCAUAUUUUGGUACAUUUUACUUACUGGAAAUCAUGGCUGAACCCACUGGUCUGUCCCAUGAAGAGGCCAAAAAACACUGCAUUCCUCAAGACCCUGCCACCAAAGAUUUUAUAAUGCAGCAGACAAUGUACAGAAUCAAGGAUCCUAAAAGAUCAUUAGAAUUUUACACAGGAGUUCUCGGGAUGACAUUGCUUCAGAAAUUAGAUUUCCCACCCAUGAAGUUCUCUCUCUAUUUUAUGGGAUAUGAAAACCCAGCAGACAUACCGACGGAUCCAGCCAAGCACAUUGAGUGGACUUUCUCGCGCAAAGCAACUAUUGAACUAACACACAACUGGGGUGAUGAAGAGAAGGCAGAUUUUCAGUACCACAAUGGCAAUUCGGAGCCAAAAGGCUUUGGUCACAUCGGGUUGGCAGUUCCUGAUGUAGACAAAGCAUGCGAGCGUUUUGAACAGUUAAAUGUGGAAUUUGUAAAAAAGCCCAACGAUGGUAAAAUGAAAGGCAUUGCAUUCAUCAAAGAUCCAGAUGGGUACUGGAUUGAAAUUUUCACUCCAUACAGGCUACCUGAAAUAAUUUGAAAACUUCAACAUUUCAAGCUUUUUUAACCACCCAGAAACAUACCUUUUACAUACUAAGUUGUAAAAUUGUGUGAGAGCAUCCUCUCACUAGUGAGACAUUUUUUUUAUCCGUCAAUUUAUACACUUAGAACUUUUAAACAUGGUCACAAUCAUUUACAUUUUUUGAAAAUAUGUUAAGUUACAAAAAAAAAUAAAAUAAAAUAAAUCUA